AUGAAGACUUUGUGCUGCGUAGAGAUGUUUUUGGCGAUUACCAUCUGCCAUCAAAUUGGUCAUGGGAGAAGGUUCAUGCCAAGGAACAAAACGAACAGCACGUUAAAAUACAGCAAGUUUGCUUACUCCGUUUUCUCGGUGCGGCAGUUUACCAACAACUCAACUCUUGUUUUCCAAUUCAAAACGCUGAAAAAGCACGGGAUGCUAUUUUAUAUGGAUGAUGCUGGGGCAAACUUUAUAGACGCGUUCUUGUUGAGAGGACAACUGCGAAUUCGGCUUACAAUAGGCAGCUGUAAAGGAAAACAUUUUAUAAACGGUUCUUUUACCGACCUGGAAUGGAACAGAAUUAUCUUAAAAAGAACUCCCGAAACAGUGCUGCUAACGGUAGACAGCCACAACGCCAGCACUUUCAAGAUUUGCAACAGAGUUGGAGAAACUAUCUUUAAGAAGUUAUAUGUCAGCUUUUUUCCUUUAGAGGAAUGGCUCCAGCGAAUUAAGUGGUUGUUCCGUGAUUCUUGGGAACUUUCCUUGAAACAUGGCGGGUAAGUUAAUACCGCGAGUUUUUUUUUUAAUAUAGAUUAUUUCAAAGAUGUGAAUUAAGAGGUAUGAAAAUAAAAUUUAAAAAUAUUGGGAAAUCCUUUCCUGGAGGCAGGCAUCACAUGAUGUUUAUACUGUAUGAACACCUUGAGACUAAGAGAAAACCGCACUUAAAAUGACGUUUUUACGUUAGGAAAAAAAUCACAGCAUCACAACGAUUUUUGAAGCACAGGAAAUAGACGGAUUUAUGACAAACUGAAUUUGCUGUCAAAUUGUCCCGUCUCUAUAUCAAAAAACAUUAACAAUUAAUUGUUCAAAACCGUUUCUCAUAAAUGUACUAAAUCAAGCCACAGCAGGGUAAUGCUUGCAUGCAACCGAAUAAAAGACACUCGAUUUCGACUUUCUUUCAUGAUCAGCACCAAUACCCCAUUUCCUCUCCUACCUGUUUCAGGGGUUCAAAAUCGUUAGGGCUUACGAUUGACAUUUUCACGGUUUUGUUUUUGGUGAUAGGUUGGCUAACGGCUAAUUUGACUUAUUUCUUUCUUAAAUUUUAGUAGAAAUCUUUAAACAAAAUUACAUUUUUCAGGUUUUUCUCCAGAAAAAAUCCAGCUGGCCUUGGGCUGGGAGCUCUACUUAUGCUAGCAUGCAGAUGAAAACUGACUGAAAUAUUAUACCAACGUUUUUUCUCGGUAUAUUUUUGUCAAGUCGAUUUUUAAUUGUUUCUCACAUGAUAUUAGAAAAAUGGCUAAUAGCCCGUUUUCGAAACGACCUAUUGAAAAUUCGCCUUUAGAGGGGCUAUUUGUUGGAACAAACUACCUAAAGACAUGAAGGAAGUAGCAGAUUGCCGAAUUUUUAAGAAGAGACCUAUAAAUAUGUUCUUAAGAUGACGUUCAUCCUUUUAGUACUUAAAAUUAGUUGACUCGUUUAAUAAUUUUCUCUUGUAUCUAGUUAGUUGUUACAAAGUUAGCCCAUUGUGACUGAAAAGCCCUGUAAAGGGAGUCUCAAUAAACGUAUGUAUGUAUGUACCUAUAACACGUAAGCCAAACGACUUAUAACACAGUACAGCGAAAAGACUCACGACGUAGGUCGGCGAACAGGACGAAGGCGAAAAGACUCGUUAGCGAAACAACCGUAAACCCCGUUUAAUAUACAGUCGUGUUUGGAUCCACUGUACGUGAAUAACUCUUUGUAUCCUCCCUUCCCACCUCGCACACACUGAUCUGACUGAUGAAGCCAAUAAUUUACACUCUUAAGUUACACACUAGGUUAUGUCUACACUUUAUCGGAUAGCUUUUCGUGCCGACAUGAAAAGCUGUCAGAUACACUAUGAACGGCAACGGCACCGGAAUGGAACAGUCGUCACACACAUCGAACAUCCUACCAGAGCCUGCCUAACCUGAGAUCGGACGUUAUCCAUUUUUUUUUUGCUUCUUUGGCUCGAGAGGGAAAAAUAACGCCUGAUACAUCCAUUUAACAAGCCGUCAACCGCCCCCUAAUUUAGGUAAUCUAACGUCUGCUUGACCUGUCAUGUUAGUAGCCAAUCAGCGUUUACCAGACGGAAAUUAAAUUUUGGCGACAAUAAUGUCUCUUUUGAAAUCAAUUUUAAGGAAAAGAAAAUUUUUAAGUACGUCCAUGUUCAGAUGGUGCUUCCUAAAAAAGAAAUUUUUAAUGUGUAUUUUAGAAUGAAAUACUGCUAGCUGCAGCUGCCGUUCCUUUAUUUAACAGCUACAAAUGAUAAACAAUUUACUGGUAAAAGCUCGUUGACUUCGUACUGUGCCGAAAGCAGUGAAAAAAAAAAUUAGGCUGAAGCACCAUAUUUCAUGAACUGAAAAGUGUUGUGAAAGCGAAGAUCGCUCAGAAUAGUUUGCAGGUUUCUGAGGGAGGAAUUACAGUCAAACCAGGUCAAGAUUCCAUUCAUGAAUUGAUUAUUUGAAAAGUGAACCCGUUUGUCGCUUCUGUAACUUGUAGCCGGUAUCAAAUUGCAUUCAAAUGAUCGGUGAAUUUUUGACUGCAAUUUUUAGCAUACGAUGAGAUGGAAAAUACUUCAAUGGAUGAAAUUUCUAUUUAGACAUUCUUCAAUUUCAAGAAAACUGAGCCGGCAGAAAUUUCAUAACGAACUCGCGUGUGUAUUCACUGCUCAUUACGCAAGCAAAAAUGCAGAUUGAAAUCAACAACAACUAACGGAUGGCGGCAUUUUGGCCAAUCGGAACAGCGCAAAUCAUUCGUAUUGUUUCCUAUCCAAUCAGAACAAAGUCCAGAUUCCGGCUUUUUUGCAUGUGAUCUGUGAUUGUAUCAUGCCCUCCUCCCUCCUCCCUCCGCUCCUACUUAUUUUCUUCUGCUUCGGUCCGGAAGCCGGUUCACACGCCGGCGAACAGUGGCCGUGGCAGAAACCUAUUUCCACUAAUUUCAAGAUCAGCGCGCUACAGCUUCGCUCCGUUACAGAAAUUGUACCGAAAUGAUCGUUGUUAUGUUUGAGCAGAAGCCCUAUCUGAUAUGGUUUUCGCGUCUGCUCAAGAGUUAUACGGUAUUUUGUGAAAAUAUCCUUAGCUUUCAUUACUACGAGCCUUACUUUCACGAAACGCGCUGUACAUGUCACAUUUGACCCUCGGACGUACACGCAAAUUCAUGCCCCCACCGUGGUACAAGGAGGGGUGGAUGGAGCCCUCCCCGGAGUUUUUUAUAUGUUGCAGUAUUUCGAAACGAUUUUACCUUUCUUGGAAAGCCUUUGAUCUUCUUGUAUCUGAUGAAUUUUUUACGGUGUAUAAAUAACGAUUAAAGAUUAAAGCUUUGAAACAUUCGUGUGUUGUGUAAAGUGAUAAAAUUAUCAUGUCCGGAUUUUGUCAGCUAAUUUUUCAGCAAGUCCAAGGAUUGAAUUAUAAGUGGAAGACUCCUCGGCAACUCCUCGGCGCUACUUCGUAAAGUGUUUUAGGAGGGCUUAUGUAAACCGGGGGGGGGGGUUGUUUUAUAAUUCAAAGGGGCUCUUAACCGAACAAAAAACAGGCGUUUCAGAACAAGCUACAUAGCUGAGUGCUGAUCAAAAUACUUUUUGAAUUUACUCCCUUUUUUAAGCGUCAAAACUUCGCAAAAAUCGAGUUUAUUUCAAAACAGGCUAGAGAGAGUCUUCUAAUUGGAGUUAUUUGUUUUUUAUUGGUAGAUAGGUCUGUAGCUGGGGGGGAGGGGUGAGGGCUUAUAAGCUGAAGUUCAAGGUAUUUCAGUUUCAAAGCAGUUACUUAGAAAACGGAAGUUGAGUUGUAUUGGCGCCCAAAUUUCGGGCUAAAUGGGCUGUAUGAGAUUGCUCAAAAAGGAAAAGGUGAAAACUGACAUCCGGUAUGGCACCAUGUGAAGAUCAUAGAGGUACAUUUGCAGUCUAUACAGUGGACCCCAAUAUAACAAAAUCGAUGCACCGGGUUUCUACGCCAGAGAACUACGUUCUCAUCAAAUUUGCUCAUUAAAGGCUACUGUUGCUUUUCACAAGACGUCACGAAAAUUCAAACUACAAAACUAUCGAUCCUUUUUUUAUUAUUAUGUAUUUAUUUCGCACACACAAACAAUUACGAUACAAUUUACAUUUAAAAUUCAUUACAGGUAACUGUUAUCGUUUACAGAAAAGAAAUAAAAAGAAAAAGAAAGACAAAGUCCACAAAAAUACUAUAGUUUAUAUAUUAACAAUUAAGAGAAGGCUGCCGAUCCUACUGAGAUUUUACUUUCAUGAUGUAUUAGAGCCUACUGAAAACUAUAUUUCUUACAAAUUUCGCUUUAAAAGGAUUCUUGGUUUUGUGAUUAAAAAAUCAUCACAUAAAUUAUUCAAUAAUUCUAUAAUAUAUAGUACCAUGUGGUCGAGUGUAUUUACUAGGAAUAGAAUCAAAAUGAACUUCAAAUAUAUAUAUAUAUAUAUGCUGUAUAAUUCUUUUCUUUUUGUAGAUUUGAAGGCUGUAUAAAAACCCCCAAAUACUCCGUAGGAGUAAAAAGGUUUCGCCGUGCUCGCCUGCUUAAAAGUGAACGUACUUUACCAGGCUGCCGUAACGCGUGCAAGGACAAAAGUAUUGCUGGGAAAUGCUACAAUGGCGGGAAAUGUGUCAACAAGGUAGUUCGGAGAGAGUGUGACUGCAAGGGGACUGGGUAUUACGGUUCAAAUUGUUCUCAAGGUAGGAAACUAUAGAGAUUUCUUUUCGCUGUGAUUUUCAAAAUUCUGCCAGGAUAAACUAAAAGUAUAUAAAUCUCCAACGACCUGUGGUUAUAUUAAAGACUCUUAUUAUUUUAGAGAGAGCGGAAAAAAUUGGUUGCACAAAUAAAGUUACUAAUGCGCUAAGCGAGAUCGGAAAGCUCAAUAAAUAAUACUAGAUUUCUCCAACGAUAAUCAGGAAUCAAAAAGACGAUAAGUCAGUUAAAGCUCAGUAAAAUGGAAAAAUCUGUGAUGUUCAUCUCAUUGUUUUGUCUAAUUACUGUGACGGUAUACGGAUAAUAUUUCAGUAGUCGGGAUAAGCUAAAUAAAUCUGAAUAUAGAAACAACUUUUAAAGAUGUAACUCGUCACUGUUUCUUCCCUCAUAAAAGUACGGGUUUUAGUGGCGAUUUUACAGUAGUUAUUAAACGAAAGUUUUAAUAGUGGCCACCUACGACUCUACGGCAUGAUCCACCUUUAAAGAAAUCAAACUAAAUAUAUUGCCUCGUCGUACGUUCCACAAACUCAGCCCGUAUAUGGUCUCGAUUGGCGAUAGGACUCAAACCCAAGCCACAUUGUCGAGACGCGAGUGCUCUCGACACUUUGCCAUCCCUGUUUUCUAAAAAGAGUAGUUUUGUCCUAUGAUUGACACCCUUAGGCUCAUAAUCAGUUAUGUAGUUAAUGAAAGAAAACAUUCAGCGAGAAAUGUCGAAUUCAGAUGAAUCGAAUAAUUUAAUAAGCCGGACAGUACGAAAGCCUUUUUACUAAUACAAGCUUGACAUUGAGUAUUUGGUUACCAUUACCUUAUCCGUUUAUUUUUACCAUCAUUUUUUGUGAUAAAGUGGUAGUAUAAUUUGAAUACGUUACUGUUAGGAAUGAAUAAUGAAACAAUGAUAACAAUUCCUCUGUCAUGCUUGAUAAAGUUAACAACUUAUACAUUACUUACAUAUUCACCACCGUUUUGGUUUUGGAGCUGCUAAAAUAUUUUUUUGAAACCUACUUACGUCAGAAAAAAAUUGCAUUUACUUUAAUCCCGAGAAUUGAUUAACCCCAUUAUAGAACACAUAUAUAAUUAAAUUAUAAUGCAUUUUUUUUAGCGAGAGUAUCGACAAAAAAGAAUUCAUCUCCGUGGAUUCAAUCACAUGUUACAGUUUUAAUUACCUUUCAAGUGGCAAAAAAGUAAUUUACAUUCCAUGUUCCUUGAUUUUUUAAGAACAUGGAAUAAAAAAAUGGCAUUAACAGAUUAAAAUGCCAAUUUUUCAAGAUUCGUCAAUUUUGAAUUUGCCUGCAAGAUCCGUUAGUACAUACAGAAAGACUCAUGUUAAAAGGCUCCUGUAAAAUUUCAAAGCAUUUACAGAUUUCUUGUAAACUGCGAUUAUAAGUUUUCUGUUGCAGCCUGGAUGAGUUCAUUGGUCAAGAAAGACAGAAAUUUGUUAAGGAAGUUCAAGCCACUUAUACCCUAUACCGACUUGAACAAAUAAAAUUGGUUCUUAGAAGUACGAAAUUAAUGACCUUAAACAUUUGCAUACGAAGUCGUGGGCUUUUCUAGUUUUUGAUAUUGAUCUUGAGAGAUCGCUUCUUAGCAAUCCAGUAAAUAAAUGAAAUUGCAUUGAAUUGUGGUUUUAUGACUGACGAGAUGGGCGAUCUAGAUCUUUUUUGCUUAUUUUUAUUUGAUUUGCCCUAGAGAGAAAGGUCGCAUAUUUCUGCGGCCUUCUGAGCAGACAAACUCUUUAAUUUGUUGCUCUCUUUUCCUGAAAGUUUUUUUACUUUGAAGUGUUACUAAAUUGGGUUAUGUUACGUUGUUAACAACAUGAUGAACGUUUUAAGCAUGAUUUUGUUUCUUUCGUGGUCAGUGGCGAUGGAAGACUCCAUGGCAGGAUUACGAUUCGGCGGCCAGUUUGACAUGGGGACAGAAGGGGGCAACUUUGCAGAAUUUAGCGGUUGGCCUAUGGUUGAAACCAGUCAGCUUCAACUCUACUUUAAAACAACAGCCUUAAAACUGGCUCUGCUGGCUUACCAGGACACUGGUGUAGAUGACCGAUCCGGCCACAAAGGCUACCUUGAAGUAUCAUUGCUGGCUAAUGGACAUGCUCGACUGAAGGUGGUAGGCGAUACAUGUUCGCCUUUCCAGGUCCAAAUUCCCAGAAGUUUCUCAGAUGGUUCUUGGCACAAGCUGACAAUUUCAAGAAAGGAUUCACAGCUCAAUUUUAGCGUGGGUAACAUCUCAGCUCCCUCCAUCAACUGCGUCCAAGUCCCCAGGCUCGCUGGACCGACCGGCAAGGCGAAGAAAUCUCUUUUUAUUGGAGGGAUUCCGGUUUUAGACUCGCAAGAGAAUCCAACGUUUAGAAAAUGGUCUCACACUGGGCUUCUAAGCAAAGUGAUGAACCAAAAAAGGUAAGCUGAGAGAUGGAUAAUGAUUGCACCUGUAGAUAUAUUAUACACGCGCCUUCCUCUAGGCACGUGUGUGGUCAUCUUUCCUUUUAUAUAUAUGUAGUCAGAUUUUUUAAAACCUUACCACAAAAUGGACCGUUUGAGUCCAACAGUAUAUUUUUCGGCCAAAGUAGGCAUUAUAAAAACUAAGAGUGCAACCAUUGUCUUUUUUCUCUUCUCCUCCUUUUUUCUGCAUCCUGGCUCUUUCUUUUACUCCUUUCCUUAGUGUGAUUUGAAGCUUAUCAGGCCCAAGAAAGCUGCCUUUUGACGCCUUUUCACUCAAAUGACGGCUAGAUAUACAAUCAAAUCUGUUGUCAUAGACACAUGAAAAUUUUGGAAGUUUGAAAAGUGUUUUAGAAAAUAGAUCAUACAAAUCAGAAGGUUUAAGGAUGUCAUCCUCAAAGAAUAACGUUUCACCUCUGGUUUAGUUUGGUCUUUACGAAGUCCACCUGGUUAAGUGGAGAGUAUUAUGUUUAUCGGCUUUCAUGACAGAAUAAAUCGAUCAGUAAUACAACGAAAAGCUUUAAUAAGGUAUAACUCCACAUGGCCCUAGACGAUUGUAGGAUCUUGACUGACAUACAGCAGACGUUUGUGUGGGAGUUGUUGACAGCUGUGACCACAAUUGAUCUAUUCACUGAAAGUCCACACUGCACGGCUUUGAUCGCCAAACUUGAGGUUGUUGCAAUGAAUUUUUACCGAUCUUCAGGCUGGGCUGCAGCUGAUAAUACUUGCUUCAUACUUUAUAGAUUCGCUCGAGUCAGUUUAAUGCCACCAUGAUUAUAUCAACGCGCAGGCUUUCAUUUCUCACUUUAUGUUUAUUAAUCAUUGAUAUUGAAUGCGAAAGUCUAUGACCAUUUUCUACAAAGGCUGGUGCGUAUUUCGAAUGCUGUCAGUUAUAAUAAAAUGUGAAACCUCUGUGAGAAAUGCGAUCUUUAUUGAACCAAAAUCUGCGCUGUUUUAAUGGUCUGCAAAACAGUGAGAAAAAACCGAGGAGAAGAUAUUUUCCCAAGGUGACGCACGAAUUUCUAAUGUAUUUUCAUAUCAGUGUAAUCAAGAGGACUAAAAUUCCAUUAUUAUGUUUUAUUCAUUUUUAAAGUUAACUUUUGUGAAAAUAAAGAAAAUAGUUUCUAUUUUCAUGGAUCGCAAAAGCCAAGCAACUAAGUUGGAUUUCAAAGUCUAAACGAGAGCUGGGAAUUGCAGCACCCAUUUUGGCUUUUGAAGUUAUCCUGUAAACUGUAAGUCAUAUACACUAUGAUACAAUAUGGCUGAAUCUGCGAGCGGGUAAGGUGAGGCGAAUCCUGUGUUCUGAUUGGCUACUUGAGCAGGCAAGAUGGACCCAUCUUGCCCGCUAGGGAUUUCCCGCGUUAGUCCCGCAAGAAAACGUUAUCUUUGUGGCCAUGUAAUAAAUCCUUCAUUGCCCGACCUUGUUCGGUCAAGAUGACUGGAUAUUGGCCUGUGAUUCUUGUUUGUGUUUUUAUGGACCGAGACAAAGUUUCAGCCAUCUUGUCCUCACCCUUGGUAAAUAACGAAUAUGUACUGCACUGUAGAUGAGUAGAGGACGAGUAAUAGACUUUAUACACCAUACCCGCCAUCUCUGUACGCGCUUUAGGACUGAUAGGAUAAAGACAAUGUCAAGUGGUAUUUCAGGGAGCAAAAAAGUAAUGAAAUUUGCCAAUACGGGUAAUCACAGUCUAGUUUGUUUAUAUUUUCUCAAGACGUGGCGACAGUUUUAGUCUUGCAAAAUGUACAAAUUGCGUUUCGACUACUUUUACUUCAGUAUUGCUUCCUGUGAGAACAUCUACCGUCCCUUCUGCAUCUAGAAAAGAAACAAUGAUCACUUUCACUCGGUAUAAUUUGCCAUUAUCAUCUUUAAGGUGAAACUCGACCGCGAUUUCUUACAUUGGCAAAUUUUAUCUCUUGUUUGCCUCCUGAGAAACCACGUGACAUUGCCUUUAUCCCAUCAGUCCUAAAGCACGUGCAAAGAUGGCAGGUACCGUGAACAAGGUCUAUAGUAGGUACCUUGACAUAACGUUACGUUUGUUGCAUUGUUACAGCUGGUUUAAAGGGUGUGUGGCUCUCUUAAGAUACAGCAGUGCAAGCAAGCCAUUUGGGAAUGCCAAGUUACUGAGAUCACUGCACGUUUUAGGAAACUGCAGCGGGGAGCCUUGCUCACGGAAUCAACACAUCUGCCAACAUGAUGGCACUUGCGUGGAUCUGAUAACCAUGACCGAGUGUGUCUGUGAGACGACUGGGUACCACGGCCGUUACUGUGAGCAAUCAGGUAAAUGCCUUGGUAACCCAAGUGUAAUAUAUAAGUUUGCGGUAUAG